AUGAUAGAAUCUGGUUUUGGAAAUCAAGAAAACAUCAACAAUUCAGAUGUAAAAGGAUCAGAAGACUCAUGUGAAACGAGGUCUGAGACAUCAUCACAUCAGCAGCAUCAACAACUUGCUAUUGCUCCAAAGUUCAUCGGUCAAAUAAUUCCAUUAGAAACCGGAAAUGUUAAAGAUCAAACGGUGAAAGGAGAAAAAUAUCGAUCGUUAGAUCCAGAAAAUAUUGAUUGUCACGCUCAGUCGUUUCAUAAUCUUCCGCCACCAUAUUUCGAUGGAGGUCCAUCAAGAGCUGACUUUGAAACCGCCAUAGAGAUGACUGGUUAUGGAAAGUUUCAUUACAUUUUACUGGGAAUUUGUGGCUUAGUGAGUACAAGUGAAGAAAUGGAUGUUAUUUCAAUGUCAUUCAUCUUACCAUCAGCUCAGUGUGAUCUACAAUUAAAUACUCACACCAAAGGAUGGCUGAAUUGCAUAAUUUUUGUUGGCAUGAUGGUUGGCGCUUAUGUUUGGGGAUCGAUAGCUGAUUCACUUGGAAGGAAGAAAGUUUUGAUUGUCAUCAGUUUUAUGAAUGCAUUUUGUAUAAUUGCAUCGUCGUUCACUCAAAAUUAUGAACUGUUCAUGUUAUUUCGAUUCUUAAAUGGUGCUGCAUUAGGUGGGGCCGGCCCCGUCAUUUGGAGUUACUUUUCAGAGUUUCAACCAAAACAUAAAAGAGGUUCAAUGUUAAGUUUUAUGGCCGCCUUUUGGACGGUUGGAAAUUUACUUGUUGCGUCAAUGGCUUGGCUUAUCAUUCCCAGUGGAAUUGGAUUUGCAUCAAAGUAUUUCGUUUAUAAUUCUUGGAGAAUAUUUCUGGUGCUUUGUGCAUUGCCAUCCCUGAUUGUUGGAAUUCUUUUGAUGUAUCUGCCAGAAUCACCAAAGUUUCUUCUCUCAUGUGGUCGCUUUGAAGAAGCUUUGGCAAUCUUUCGAGGUAUCUACAUGACAAACACUGGGAAAGAUUCUUCAAUGUAUCCAGUCAAAGAACUUCUCAUUGAUGACAAACUCAGAGCUGAGCUCGAAGAAGUGAAAAAACCUAUCAAAAAUAAAUAUAAAAGAAUGUUGUUUGACAUUCUUGACAACAGUCAUCAACUUUUUAAAAAGCCAAUUUUAAAAUUCACCGUCAUUUCAAUAACAAUUAAUUUAACUUUUCAUAUUGGAUAUUAUGGAUUGAUGAUGUGGUUUCCCGAACUUUUCAAUCGAUUCGAUGCUUAUGCUGAAGCUCAUCCAAAUUCACAACAAGUUGGAGUGUGUGAAGUUACCGAAUAUGUCGUGAAACGUAAACAAGAAUUCAAUCAUGACUGUGAUGACAUCAUACCAAGUUCAGUGUUUCUCGAAUCAUUAAUCACUGUCGCUGCUGCUUUGCCUGCAAAUGUUAUAGCUGUUUUAGGAAUGGACAGAUUAGGAAGAAAAUUCUUUUUAGUUGUUGGGACAGUCUCAGCUGGAAUUUGUUCAGCGAUUAUGUAUUUCGUUUCAAAUAAAGUUGAGAAUCUUAUUGUGAGCGCGACUUUCAGUGCAGUUAUUAGUUGUGCUAAUGCUGCGUUAGAUUGCUUAAUAACAGAAGUGUUUCCAACAAGUUUAAGGGCAACUGGUGUCGCUAUCAGUAUGGUUGCUGCAAGAUUGGGAGGAAUUAUUGGAAAUGUGGUGAUUGCAACACUUCUUGACACAUACUGCCCUGCACCAACAUUCAUUGUCGCUAUACUCUUAGCAAGUGGCGGUCUUAUGUGUCUCUUUCUCCCCAAUACAACUCGAAAAGCGUUAUCUUGAUUCAUAAAUGAAAAGUUGCAUGAACAUCGUCGUCACCAUUGUCAUUUGUUGAACUUUCCUCAAAAAUAAGAAACGAACUUCUCAUUCUUAGUUUGUAAGAAAAUUUUAGAUUGUUAAAUGAAUAAAUUUUAUAUAAAUAUUUAAUUAAAUCUGAAAUGAAAACUCUGAAAUUAUUUCAAAUGUUAAAUGAAAAGAAAA